UUAUAAUGUCCUGAUUUUUAAAAUAAUAUCUAUAAACGUCUAAAGGUAUUUGCUCACUGGGCAUUAUUUUAGGGAAUGGUGAAGAAAAAGGGCUUUGGAAUGAAAAUUUUGGAUUCUAGGCUUGGCUUUGAUACUGGGUCGCUGUGUGAUCUUAAAACAAGUAAACGGACCUCUUAUGCCUUAGUUUCCUCCUCUGUGAGAUGGGAAGGAUAGAAGUGUCUACCUCUUGGCUGUGUUGUGAAGAUUCAUAGAACUCUGUACAGUACCUGUUUUAUAAAUACUAACUAUAAAUACUAGCAUUCGUGGGAGGAAAAGGGCUGUAUUUAUCAGCUUAGGCUAAGUUGUACUCCAGUAACACAUGACUCCCAUAUCUCAGUGACCCACAAUCUAACCUUAAACCUAGUCUGAUCCCUCCUCCUUUGUAGGUUGGCUCAGCACCAUGACCUUUUAUAGUAGAAGGAAGGCCAUUCUUGGAAACAUGCUGCUCUCAGAACAUGAGAGAUGGUUGAAUCAUGCAAUGCUUAGAAGCGGCAUGUCACUUUCUCUCACUUUUCAUUGUCUAAGGCAAGCCCUGAUGUCACGGGCAGGAAGUACAGUCCUUUUAGAGAGAAGCAAAUAAUUGGGAACAAUGAUCAAAUCUACCACAAAGGACUGUUUUAUUCUAAUCACUAGGAGUAGCGAAACUCCUGAGAUGCAUUUCUUCUUAUUAGAAGCUCGAAUUCUAGUAAAGAGAGUCAUAGACAUAGAAAAAUUGCAAGAUGGUGUGAUUAAGGUGAGAUGCCCAGAUUGGACAGAAGAGUGAGUGACCAUCUCUACCUGUGUUGUUAGGGGAUGAAUCAAAAGGGCUUCUUAGAGGAGCCCUAGCUAGUCUCAGAAGGGAACUUGGCAACAGCAGAACUGCAGUCACUUGGACUGAGAUUCUGGACAGGGUGUCUGAGUUGCUUCUGAAGGUGGUAUAGCUCCUAACAUCACCUGCCUCCUUGGGACCACGUGGGUGGAGGACUUCGGAUUGGGCCCAUCAGGAGACACCCAUGCACAUCACUGAUGAGGCCUUGUGGCAUACAUGUGCAGAAAAGAAGGUCCUGGCUUCAUGGAAACAAGAUGGGCGUUUACAAGUAAGGUUCAGAGAAGUCACUUCAGGCAGUGGAGCUCGAUCUUGCGAUGAAAUGGCUUCUAUCUGGACUUCUGGUAGAAUUCCAAGGCAAACACGGGGCUGACUCGGGCCCUGACAUUGCCUGACCCCCUGCCUGGGGAGGGCAGGACAGGGAAGAGAGUUUGCCUUUGGCGAGCAGGGAAGCUAUGCAGACCAUGAAGAAAUGGACUCAGAGUCAUAAGGCAAAAGGUUUGCCUUCUAAUGAUACUGACCGGCUCCAGAAAACGGAGGGAAAGCCCGAAAUACUGGUACCAGUUACAUUCAGGGACGUGGCUGUGGUCUUCACACAGGCAGAAUGGAAGCUCCUGAGCUCUAAGCAGAGGAUCCUGUACAAAGAAGUGAUGCUGGAGAAUUACAGGAACCUGCUUUCGUUGGAAUCAAAGCCAGAAACAGACUCCUGUUCCUCUUGCCUUCUGGCCUUCUCCCAUCAGCCUCUCCUCAGCCAACAUGUACUUCCGAUCUUCUUGGACUUACGUGACUUCCAUCCAGGGGAUUCUGGCCCAGGGCAUCAGGAGCAGAAAUUUUCUUCUCAAAGCUGCUGGAGUGAAAACACAAAAGGUCAAGAGAGAGAAGGUGGCUUCAGAUCCUUGUCUGUGAGGACAGAGGAGAGAGAAACCUCAGGCGCUGUUCCCAGCCCACCCCGAAGACAGUCAGCAAGUCCUAGAGAAGGCAACACAGUAGUAGAAAUAGAGCCCAAGCCAGCCCAGAGGGUACGCCCUGUGCAAACAGACAGAGGAGCGGAGUUAGGAACCCUGAGAUCCGGAGUAGGCAGCUGUAACGAGCAUGAACUAGACUGUAGUCUGAAAUCAAACUUUGCUGUAAACCAGGUGGCCCUCUCAGAAGAGAAGCCCUAUGUUUGCAGGGAGUGUGGGCGAGGCUUUAACAAUAAGUCAAACCUCAACAGACACCAUCGGACGCACUCAAUGGAGAAGCCUUAUGUGUGUGGUGAGUGUGGCCGAGGCUUUAGCCUGAUGGCAAUCCUUGUUCAUCACCAGAGGACACACUCAGGAGAGAAGCCGUAUGUGUGCAAGGAGUGUGGGCGAGGCUUUAGCAAGAAGUCCAAUCUGAACAGACACACAGAAACCCAUUCGGAAGAGAAGCCUUAUUUGUGCAGGGAGUGUGGGCAGAGCUUUAGAAAUAAUUCAGUCCUCAUUAGACAUCAGUGGAUUCACUCUGGGGAGAAGCCCUAUGUGUGCCCGGAGUGUGGACGGGGUUUUGCUUACAAGUCCACCCUCAGAAAACACCAGAGGACUCAUUCAGGAGAGAAGCCCUAUAUAUGUCAGGAGUGUGGGCAUGGCUUCAGUGAGAAGUCAUCUUUCAUCAGACACCAGAGGACACACUCAGGGGAGAAACCCUUUGUGUGCCUGGAGUGUGGACGAGGAUUUGGUGAUAAGUCAACCCUCAGAAAACACCAGAGGACACACUCGGGAGAGAAGCCUUACAAGUGCAGUGAGUGUGGCCGAAGCUUUACCCAGAAGUCAUUCCUCCUUAUUCACCAAGGGACACACUCAGGAGAGAAGCAUGUUUGCAGGGAGUGUGGGCGAAGCUUUAGCUACAAGUCAAAUCUCAUCAGGCACCAGAAGACACACUCAGACCUGAAGCCUUACAUAUGUAGGGAGUGUGGGCGAGGCUUUUUCUAUAAGUCGGACCUCAUCAUACAUGAAAGGACGCACUCCGGGGAGAAGCCUUACGUGUGCAGUGAGUGUGGUCGAAGCUUUAGCCAGAAGUCAUUCCUCGUUAUUCACCAGGGGACACACUCAGGGAAGAAGCAUGUUUGCAGGGACUGUGGGCGAAGCUUUAGCUACAGGUCAAAUCUCAUCACACACCAGAGGAAACACUUGGCGAAAAGCAUGUUUCCAGGGAUCACGGACAAGACCCAGCAAUCCGUCAAAUCUCAUCUUACACCAGAGAGACACCUGGGGUCUGUGUGUGUGGAGUGAGUGUACCUUCAGGGAUGUGUUGACUCUCAUCAGGCACAGAGGACACAUUCAGCAGAGGAGCCUAAGUGUGGGUAACUCUAGCCACACUUAAGUGGGAGGCGUUGUGUGUGUGGGGACUGUGGAUGAGGCGGUCGCAAUAAGUCAACGUUUAUCGAAUAUCCAAUGGCAGGCAGGCAGGCACAAGGUGGCACACUCGGAGAGGAGCAGCGUGUUUGUAGGGAUUGUGGGCAAAACCCUUGUGAUCAGCCAGCCUUCUUCUCAUGCCGUAGAGAGAUCCUUAUGUGGGGGUACGUGGAGCUCUGCCCAGAUAACCUCAUUAGGACCAACACUCCUGCAGCUCCUGAUAACUGGUGCUGAUGCUGCAGAGACGAAGUCUUUCCUAGGACCUGCUGUCAGCCACAGGGAACUGCACCUUCCUAAGGGCUGGCUCCUGGCCAAUGGUUGACUGCUAUGGGGAGACAGAACCUCAACCCUGGACUCAGUUGUGUCCAAAGGGUCAUCCUGGAUCGAGAGAUGCCCAUCAAAUCUCAGUUGUGAACACAUUGCAGGUCAGCUUCGUCCUCUGCCCAGUCCAGCCCUCAUUCACCAAUAAACCACUUAAUUCUCCAUCUCACUGUCUCUCCAGGGACUCCACUCUAAGACAUCUUAAGUGUACAAGGAGCGCGGACAUGGUUGUGGCCAUAGUCACCCCUCACAGACCUCAGCGUUUGCAUAGAAACUGUGUGUGGGCAGAAUGGGCAUGGAUUUAGGAAAAGUGCAUCUCAGGAUGCCUCAGAGAACAGCUAUAUUGUGGGAAGCUUUAUAUAGGCAGGGGAGGAGUCUGUAAGAUGCUUGAGCAAUCAGUUAUAUUAGUUACACCUCGUCUUGCACCAGAGGUCACUCUGAGAGAAGAUCUGUGUGGGCAGGGUUUGUGGGUGAAGCCUUAUCCGGAUGCUCCUCCUCAACAGACUAAGAGGACAUUCUUGACACCACAAACCACUACCUCACCUUUGAAGGGGUUUCACAAGUCUUGACACCCCCCACCCCCCAUUCUCUGUAUGAGCGUAAAAAUGGCCCCAGCCACUAAAUAGACAUGGUUUCCCCCCACUUUUUGUAAUCAGAUGGAGUAAAAAAGUAAAGUUUUACUUAAGUAA